CCUCACUGGCGCUGCGACUUAGCUAUAUCACAUCACUGUACAACUCAGGUAGACCAAGUCUGCUCAACCCUGUUAUCAAAUUUUGCACACCUGAUUCUAAUAAUGACCUGGAUGAACAUAUUAGUCAGGUUAGUCACAACUGGGGUUGUCGAGAAACUCUACAGGAUGGUGGAUCUCCAGCAUGAUUGAGCAGCACUAAGGUUAACAUUACCUUGUGUAGAUCACUGUUGAGAGAGAAUUACACUGGAAAGAAGAUUAAUGGGGAUUAAUCAUCAGACUGUUUUGAGUGUCACUGUAUCCACCCGACUGCUGCAUAGAGUUGGACAGACAAGACGAUGGCUUACAGGAGAGACCGAAACAUAAGGGAUGUGUAUGAGGAACGCUUUCUCCAGGACAGACCGGCCCCAUUUCCCAGAGGAGCUGGAGCGGGGCCUGUAGAGAGGCGGCCAGCUGGCUUCGGAAGGCCAGAGGAGUACAGCAGAGGGUUUGAAUAUGAUAGCCCUCGCUUUUAUCCAAACGGUGGCCCUCGGAGUUACCAUGGCGAAGAUCAAAGAGGCUACCAUGGCGACAGCCUUCACUUUCCCAAUGAGCGCAGAAGUGGUCCACCUUCUCGGAGACCAGAGGAACCAUUCUCCUUCCCUUCCAGAGGACCUCCUAGAGAGGACCCCCACACAGCACGUCAGAUGGAGUUCAGGAACAGUAGCCGUGCGGUGCCCCCGCCGCCCAGCGCCAGGCCCCCGGGGGUGUACCCAGCUCCCAGGUCCCUGUCUGCCGUGGUGCCGGAGGGUGGAGAUGACACCCUGAUGCAGGCCAUCCUCAGCCUGGACCGAGGGCCUGCAGAGGACCGGGAGGCUUACCGGCGGAAGGGUCCGUUCCCCCCUCUCAGAGAGAGGUCCCCCCUGCGUAGAGCAGAGGUGCCCCCGUCCCCGCACAGCCGCUCGGGUUCCAGCGUCAGCAGUAGGGGCUACUCUCCAGACAGGGCCAAGGGCCUCCCCUACCCCGCCCAGCAGAAGAACAAAGACAGGCCUCCUGGUCAUUCGCAGGACGGGUCACCUCAGAGCACAGCGUCCACUAAGGAGGAGGCUCAUGUUCUGGAGGGGGAGCGUGAGGAUGGCCCGCCUCCAAUGAACGACACCCACAAGACCCUGGAGGACUUCCAGGAGCGCCGAGCGCAGGCCAUCACGGCCAAGGCUCAGGAAAUAGAGAAGGUGUACCGGCAGGACUGUGAGACAUUUGGCAUGGUGGUGAAGAUGCUGGUGGCUAAGGACCCUGGUUUGGAGAAACAACUCCAGACUCCUCUAAGAGAGAACCUGGGAGAGAUCCGGGAGCGUUGCCUUGAUGACCUCAAGCACUAUAUUUCCAUGCUAGACGAGGUUGUACGGCAACCAGAGCCAUCCCUCUGAAACAGCCUGCCAAUCGUGUCCAGCUUUGCUGGGGGUGAACCAAUGAAGUCCUGUCUAAAGGCUGGACAAAUUUUUUGGGUAUCCAGCGAAUGCCGUACUCCCGGGACUAUGCCUUGUUUUAAGACAGCGGACAUCUUACACAGAGUUGGCCCAUGUUUUCCCUGACCAGGCCAGUUCACCCACAUCAAGGGAAUUUGGAUCUUAUGUACUGAAUGUGCCGCAAUAAGAACUCUGACUUAAACAGUGUUAGAAGUCAUGUGACCCUAAGAGGGUAUUGGUUCUACAAUGUCCUUAACUCGUAGAGCUGGUAUGUCAGUUUGGGCUAAUCUGAGAUUGAUUUCAGUCUGUUGUCUGGGUAACCAUAAUAACUGUUGCCCCCGUGUUUUACUGCACUGGUAAUCAAAGGGUGACGGGAUUCCCAGUUGGUCCUCCUACACUGCUACUGCAAAACAUUCUCAGCAAGUGAACAUUUUAAAUAAGUUUUGUUUUAUGAUCUGUUACUGCUGUGCAACAUUUUUAUUUGAGAUUGCUGACGUAAAUAAUUUUGGUGCGACUGGCUGGGUUGUCUUGGGUUUAGUCGUGUUUGAUCUGAGAAUUUACAUGUUCUAUUUUUAUUUAAUGUUUAGUGUGACCAUUGUACUUCAAUGUGACACCGACUUGCUAUUUGUCAUUUUGUUUCUUAAAAUAAUUAUGUAAUCAGUG